AUGGGUAGCAGCGAAGGACAAACGUACUGUCUGCGAUGGAACAACCACAAAUCGAACCUGGUCGAAAUACUCGACGCCCUGAUCAAGAUGGAGUGCUACGUCGACUGUACGAUCUACGUCGACGAUCAAGUGCAGUUCAAGGCGCAUCGUGUUGUGCUCGCCGCCAACUCGCCCUACUUCCAGACGAUCCUGCAGGACGUCCCGAUGGAUCACUGUAGCAUUCUGUUCCCGGGUGUGCAAGAGUUUGAGAUGCGCGCCCUGCUGGAGUACAUGUACACCGGUGAGGUGAACGUUACCCAGGCACAGAUACCGCGCAUCAUGAAGAUCGCGGAACAGCUGGAAGUGAAGGGCCUCUACGAUAUGGCUGACCUGAAGGGUCGCUUCAACAAAAUGGUCGAUGUAGAUCAUUUGAUGCGUGAUCGCGACCCGGCCACAACACUGCUUGCCAGCAACAACAAUUACGGUAGCAAAGGAUCGUCCACGGCCGGUUCAGGUGCGGCGACAGCUUCGUCCUCUUCGUGGAAAGACACCCCGCCAACUAGCAGUAGUAGUAGCGGUGGUGGUGGUGGCGGCGGCGGCAGCAGUCACUACUCACACCAUCAGUAUCAGCACCAGUCAUCGCCAGUUAUUUCGACCUCGACGAACAUAUCGAUUGCUCAGAGUAGCAGUUCCUCGCCGCCGUAUUCGUAUAAAUCGCCGUACUCCAGCCUAUACUCUCGCAGUCCCGGUGCCGUUGAACGUGAUCGCGAACGGGAAGAACGCAGUCGCGAUCGCUCCUCAUCCUUCUCACACACGGCCACCUCUCCGCAUCGCAUCCAGUCCACGUCGGGUUCCUCGGUAUCAUCGGUAUCGGCACAGAUCGCACUACAGUCACAAGGCGGCAACCAUCAAUCGUCCACACAUCAGUCCAGCAGUUCCUCCAGUGCUAACUCCGCUUCUGCCCAACCGUCGACAGCGGCUGCAGCCGCGGCACUGGCUGCCGGUUGGCCGGGGCUCGGUCAAACACAGCUACACAGCAUGCUCAGUUCGGCGUACGAUUCCAGCACCGAUAUGAAUCCGCUCAAGCGCAAGAAAUUGCAAUCUAUGUCCAGUAUGCUGCGUGACACUCCUAUUCUACGCAACGUACUGGCACAGGCGAAUCCGGCCGACUCCUCGCAAACUUCCGGUGGAGGUGUUCCGGCUGGUGCGGCAGCAACGGUGGCCACGAUACAGACGAUCCAAGGUAGCAUGAAGUCCGAUCCCGAUCGACCCAGCAGUCAUCACUCCAAUGGCAGUGGUUACAAGUCAAUCAAGGAACCAUCGCAUUCACCAUACGCGGACAAAUCAUUCGAUGAUGAGCUGCUGGACUCGCCGCACAAUUUCAGCGGUGAUGCUCGGUUGGCUUCGUACGUGCCACAUCAACAGCAGAAGCCGGAAUGGAAGCGCUACAAGCAGUACACCCGUACGGACAUUCUUAACGCGAUCGAGUGUGUGCGCAAGGGCAUGAGCGCGUUACAGGCGUCGCGCAAGUUUGGAGUCCCGUCCCGCACCCUCUAUGACAAGGUGAAGAAACUGGGCAUUACCACUGGUCGGCCCAUUAACAGGGCGCUUAAGCGAUCGCCCAGCUCAAGCGGCAGUCCGGCAUCCUUCCCGUACGGGUUAAGCGGUGCGAGUCACAUGUUCGGGCCGGGCAGUGGUGCACCCGGCGGUUCACAUCCGGGAGACCAUCAUCCGCAGAUGCCAUCACAGUCGCAACAGCAGGACGAGGAAGCAUCGGCGGCUGCAGCUGCUGCGGCAGCGGCUGCCAUGGCACACCAUGAAGCGGGUCGCAUGAUUAAGCUGGAGCACGGUAGUCACCACGGAUUGCCCCCUACGAUCCCACAUCCUGCCGCUGCCUUGCUCGAUCCUUCCUUUCUACAGCAAGCACUGGAAGCCCGCGGAGGAGACAUUGCUGGCCGUGAGGCACUGCACGCGAUGGCCUUUGCUGCGGCGGCUCAUGCGGCCGUUAAUGGUAUGAGCACGUCCCCGGGCACGCACGGUACCGCCCGAUCGCCCAGUCCGAGCGUGCUGAUGAAGUACAUGCGCUCGGUAUCGAUGAGCUCUCCCGAGGACGAUCGUCACCAUCCGGCGCCACAGCAGCAGCGCGAGCGAGAACGGGAUCUUGUCGAAGGACAUCCGCAUCGGGAAGGCCAUCACCACAAUGGGUCGGACCCGGUUUACGCCAGGCGCGAUCAUCCCAUGGAACAGGACUCGAUCGAUGACACAGGCAGUGACUGUGGGGAACGACCACCCAGUGGUCCGGGUCCGGUAGAGGGCCAGGAGGACCACGUGGAAGAUCUAUCCAUGGGUCCGAAGCGUGACUCAGAGGAACGGGGACCUUCGGUAUCGCCACCUCCGUCGUCCGUGGUACGGGCACCCCAACGAUCGCGCUCACCUUCACCACAACCGGCCCCACCCUCCCUACCACCCCAGCAGCAGGGUGUCAUCGUGCCAGCACCCGGUAAGUUAAAGGAAGACUACAACAUCCCCAUCAAGCGGGAAAUCAUCGCCGACAGUAACGCACCGUCAGAAUCGUCGUAG